AUAUAUAUAUAUAUAUAUAUAUAUGUGUGUGUGUGUGCGUGUAUAUACGUAAAAGAUGAGAGGCACGGGAAACGCGAUAAAAGGAAUUACUACAGUAAUCCGUUCAAUCAUCUGCCGUGAUAGUCGCUUUUUCUUCUUUCUUCUUUCUCUUUCCUCAAUCAAAGCUCGAACAGACAAGAAAACUCAAGAGUUUUACACGAUCAUCUCUGUAAUUUGUGGUCGAUGCAACGGGCAAGUAGGGUUAGAAUGCCGUUAGGUGCGUCGUGCAUGCAUGCGUGGUGCGUGCGUGGUGCGUGCGUGGUGCGUGGUGCGUGCGUGCGUGCGUGCACGUGCAUUCAGCUGUCGAACGACACAAUGUGCUCUCAUCGCUAAACAUCAUAAAGUUGUAAAGUUGCCAAAAUGUGCUUCCUAGAAAUUAUCGAGUACUUAAAGAGCCCGUAUCUCGUUGCUACUGUACAGGAGUUUUUUGGGAUACAAAUAAAUUAUAAAACUAAGCGUUCCAACAGUUUUAGGUUAUCCGAUAAUAAGGAGCAAAAUGGAUAUAUUAAAGCGGAUAUGUCAUUCUGCAAAGAAUGUUCCUUGAAUGAACUUGAAUGUUCCUCUAAUAGAUGCUUAAUGAAAUUAAAAUCUCAAGAAUUUAUCAUUAAGAAUCGUUUUUGGUAUUACUUGUUUUUGUUUGGUACAGAAUUAGGGGAUGAAAUUUUUUAUUCCGCAUUCAUACCCUUUUGGUUUUGGAAUAUUGAUGGCGCAGUUGGCCGGAGAGUUGUCUUAGUAUGGGCCAUCGUUAUGAGCAUUGGUAAAGUUAUACAUUUAACAUAUAUCUUACAAUUCUCACAAUAUUCGAUUUCUAUCGUAUUAUAUUAUUGUCUUGUAGGACAAGCAUUGAAAGAUGUUAUUCGUUGGCCAAGACCGGCUUGUCCGCCAGCCGUCAGAUUGCAAAAUAAAUGGUCAGAAGAAUAUGGGAUGCCGUCGACUCACGCCAUGAUUGGAAUUUCAAUUCCUUUUAGCGUACUGAUAUUUACCAUGAAUAGAUACAUCUAUUCGUUUCCGAUUGGUUCUACAAUAGCUUUCUUCUGGUGUACGCUCGUCUGCACCAGUCGACUUUAUUUGGGAAUGCAUACGGUAUUGGACAUUGCGGCAGGAAUAAUAUUAGCUAUUAUGCUAAUGAUUCCGUUGAUACCUAUAGUGGAUGCUUUAGAUUAUUAUAUUGUUACUAAUUUAUGGGUAUUAACGCUUUUAAUAUUAAUUAGCGUCACCGCUGUGGUAUAUUAUCCCUGUAGCAACAAAUGGACACCAACUCGCGGUGAUACGACUAUGGUUGUUUCUGUAACUGCCGGAGUUCAUGCGGGGGCGUGGUUGAAUUACAAGACAGGCGCCCUUUCACUUUCGCUACUUCCACCACCGUACGAUAUUAUUUGGCCGUCUUAUCGUAUGUCAGGAUGUAUGAUUCUUAGGACAAUACUCGGUUUCUGUAGUGUCAUUGGAACUAAGGCUAUUUGUAAAUCCGUUUGUUAUACCGUAAUAUGUGCCGUGCUUAAAGUCAAUCCCAACGAGCUAAUGGAGAGUGAGAACUAUUUGGAGAAUAAGAAAAAAAUCUUCACCGAUCUAGUCUAUAAAUAUCUAACUUGUUUCAUGAUAGGUGUAAAUACGGUAUAUCUUUUGCCGAACGUCUUUACUAUAAUCGGCAUAGAACGGCCGACGUUUUAUACGGAACUGUAAGAUAAUAUUCCAUCUAAGUGUACAAUAUUAUACGUAUAUAUAUAUAUAUUUUUACGCAUUUACUACACGUUAUUUCUCGUACGUAAGCUCGAUUAUUGAAGUCUCCCCGAUGCGCGUCAUAGUCGAUUGAUUAGUCUUCUUUGAAAUUACAAUUUAAAUAUAACUUGAUAUAUAUAUAUAUAUAUAUAUAUAUAUAAUUGUAAAUAACGUAUAAUUUAAUAUGUUAGAUUUCAAUCUCUAAUAUAUUUUCAAGUAAUUUUAAGCUUCAUGGAUGAGCAUUUAUUUGUACAAAUAAAACGUAACCACUAUGUUACGUACGUACGUAAUCAAUGUGUACUAUCAUCUCUGUUGAGAAUAAAAAAUAACAGAUUGGUGUGCAUGUA